AGCAUAAUGUGCUCUCACACAUUGAUGCCACGGAUCCAUCUAAGGGUUUUGCUUUCGUUUUAAGUUCACCUGGUCUGAUGUGUUCCUCUAAAGUGUCAUUUGGGAGAGGAUGUUGCUUCUAAUUUAUGCAACUUUGCUUGGAAUUUUCCUCAAAACAGGUUAUGCUCUCCAGAUCCAGUGUUACCAGUGUGAGGAGGUGAAAAACGAUGAAUGCUCCACGGCAGAGUUCAUCGUCAACUGCACUGUCAACGUGCAGGACAUGUGUCAGAAGGAGGUGCUGGUGAAGGAGGAUGGCAUAUUUUACCGCAAGUCCUGCGCCUCGUCCGGGGCAUGCCUCAUAUCCUCGUCAGGCUACCAGCAGUUCUGCACUGGAAGGAUCAACUCUGUGUGCAUCUCCUGCUGUAACACACCGCUCUGCAAUGGGCCACGGAAGAAGAACCGCCCGGUUCCGUCGGCCGCCACCUCUUCAUUUUCCUCCCUUCUUUUUCUGCUGGUCUCCCUCACGCUGGUCUCCCUCUCUCUGACAUAGACCUAGAGGCGUCCACUUGUCCCGUCCUCUACCUGAAGAUAACACUAGAGUAUUAUGAGGCUACAAAUAGGCUACAGUAUACAUUACACUACGUAGUCUAUAGGCUACAUCAGACUCUAGUGUCGUCUUUGGAGAGGAAUCCUAUACAUAAGAGACUAUCACAGGAGGUUGGUAGAAUGAGUGCAAUGGUAUCAAAUACAUCAAACACAUGGUUUCCAGGUGUUUGAUGGCAUUCCAUUUGUUCCGUUCCAGCCAUUAUUAUGCACCGUUCUCCCCUCAGCAGCCUCCUGUGGACUCUACAGCGUCAUCUUUAGAUUGGAUACUCAAGAGCUUAAGACUCUUUGGAAGGAUCCCCUUUUAUAAUCCUGGUGUUUAGAGUUUUUGAGAACUGAAUGCUUGCCAUUUCCUCCUUCUUCUUCGUCCUUCCCUUGCCCUCCAAUCACCCCUCGCUUACUCCGUAAGGUCCCUAUUGAGGGCAGUGGGCACUGACCUCAUCAACGUCGACAUUCUCCUGUUUAUAGGAAGAUCGAACGCUUCAGAUCAAUACUCCCAAUGAUUAGGAGUCAGACGUGACCAUAGUCAGUGAGUACUCAGCAACCGUUUAGCUAUGAGAAUUGUGUUAACUCAUCAUGGAUCUUAGUGUAGAGAUGGCACUGACAGCUGAGGACAUUGAGCAGUGAGUUGUAGGGAUUUUGGAGAUAUACUGAGAUGUCUGCAUCAUUUACUACUGGUACAAGUUCUUGUUACAGUAAGUACUAAAUGCUGGAGCUCAUGUCUUAUAUCAUUUGUAAGUACAGAUGUGUGAUCUUGAUUUGACCAGUUUCUCACAGCAGGAAAAUAAUCCUACAGAAAUGUGAAUUAUUGUGUUUAUUAUAAUUAAUGGACAUUUUUGUAAGGUUGAUACAUCUUUAGUUAGGCCAAACCAAGUCCGACAUUUUAAAGUGGAAAUUACAAACUUUAGAAGCCUUUAAAAACCUUGACUACACUACAAGUUUGCUUUUCCUGCCAUGCAGGAAAUUCCUUGCAACAACAGGGUGAUCAAAUUAAGAUCCUACAUCUGUAUAUACCCAAUUACUUUCUUAAACUUCAAAUAUUGCUGAAAGGGAAAUUUGUUUUUAAACUUAUCAAUUUAGACAUUAUAUAAAUCAACAUAUUCAAUAACCUGUUAUUAGCUGUAGUCAUUUACAGUAUGAUAAUAAUCUGUAUCAACAUCCAGUUCCAACUUCAAAAACCUUUUGGGGGUGUCAUUCUUCAAGUAUAUUUUAAGUCAUUCAACAGUCCUUAUAGUAUAUUUCAGCUUUUUAGUUGUAGCGCUUAUAAGUUCACAAUAAGGACAUUUCAAUGCAGGGAUGCAUAUUAUACCAUUUUCUGUACAGACAUGAGAUAUGUGGCUGUCAUUGCGGCAAGGUCGGAUAUAAGUAUUGGUUAUUGUAGCUACCUGCUAAAACUGCUUAGAGGAGUUUUUAGUGUCGCUGCUCAUCUGGCAUUAUUUAUGACGUUAGUAUAAUGCUCAUUCAGCAGCAUAUGUCCUUUGCAACACAUUGACUCACGGAAGUGGAAACAACUGCAAAACGAUCAGCGAUCUGGAAUACUCACCACGUGCAGCGUG